UCUUCACUCAUCCGGUCUAGAAGUAAUCUGUGGAGUAUGCUAUACAUGUGGCGGUAGAAGGCUGAUGCAAUAGUGUUCAUAAUAAAAAUGUGUAAUUUAUUUCGUCAGAUGAGUAAAUGUUUUAGUCAGUGAAGAAACAGCGAUAGAGAUUAGAGAAGAGAAACGAAUUUUGCGCGUUUCAAGUAGCGAUCUAUUAAAAUAAUGGCGGAAGAAGACUCUAUCUUCGACCCUACAUUGAAAAAGAAGAAGAAAAAAAAGAAGACAACUUUUGAUAUUGAUGCUGCGUUAGCUGAAGGUACAGUGCCUGACAGUUGUGAAAAUGCCGACAACAUGACCACAGAUAAAGAAAAUCAGGAGCCUCCAAGAGGCGAUAAUGAAAGCAAGGAUUUGGAGCUUGAGGAUGGAAACCUAGAUCUGGAGAAUUUUGGUAAGAAGAAGAAGAAGAAAAAGAAGCCAUUUAACAUGGAAGAAUUAGACGGAGCCAUUCCGGAGUCAGGCAAUAAAUCCAAGGAAGAAGGAAAUAUAGAAAUAGAUGGAACUCAAGAUGAAGGUUUAGUGGAGGAUAGUUUUGAUCUUGAUAUGGAUUUCUCCAAGACAAAAAAGAAGAAGAAGACAAAGAAAAAAGAUUUAGAUGAAGUUAUAGCUGAAGAUGAGAAAAAGAAAGCGGAGAAUAAGGAAAAUGGCCCCACUGAGAUUGUAAGGAAACCGGAACCUGUGGAAGACAGCCAGACUGCAUGGUUCGGACAAGACCGAGAUUACACAUACGAUGAGUUGCUGACGAGAGUGUUCGACAUCAUGCGAGACAAGAAUCCGGACAUGGUGGCAGGAAAGAAACAAAAGUUUGUAAUGCGACCACCUCAGGUCGUGCGUAUAGGAACAAAGAAAACCUCUUUUGCCAACUUUACAGAAAUAUGCAAGACGUUACAUCGGCAGCCCAAACAUUUAUUGGACUUCCUGCUAGCGGAGUUAGGUACUAGUGGCUCUGUGGAUGGAAACAACCAGCUCAUUAUCAAGGGGAGGUUCCAGCAGAAGCAAAUUGAGAAUGUUCUGAGGCGAUACAUUAAAGAAUACGUUACAUGUCAUACAUGUCGCUCCCCUGACACCAUCCUGCAGAAGGACACUCGCCUUUUCUUCUUACAGUGUGAAACAUGUGGAUCCCGUUGUUCCGUAGCCAGCAUAAAAUCAGGCUUCCAGGCUGUCACUGGGAAGAGAGCCGCCAUCAGAGCAAAAACAGCAUAAUUAUUUGAAUUUUUGUAAAUUGCUUCUUGGUUAAAUUGUAAGUUUCUUUAACAAAAAUUGUCAUAACUCCUUCAUACUUUUAAUUCUUUGGAAUUGAAAAAAAUAAAUCAAGUAACAACAGUUAGAUAAGAAUUUUGAACAAUUGUUUAUUAUAAUGUGCCCAUUUCAGGUUUCAUAUCAAUAAGUGGGAAUAUCAAAUAGUAUGUUUUGGGAUAUUCCACUACUCAGUCUAUAUAUAUAUAUAUAUAUGUAUAUAAGAAUUACCUCAGAGAAUGAACUUGUCAGUUUUGGACACUGGUACUGGGUACAGUCUACACAUUUCUUCUGCUGAGCUGAAAAUAUGAAUUUGAAUCAAGUGCUCACAUUUGUCAGAUUUCUGGAAUUUGCAUAAUGGUGGUGGAAGAUGUCUGUUCAGGCAGAUCCACAUUGUAAUAUGUUCUUACAAUAAAUAUAUGAAGGGAA